AUGCCGAGCCACAGCAGAAGCCGCAGCAGAAGCCGAGGGCGCGAGCUGCGUGUCUCUGAGGCCCCUUCAUCUGAGACCCGCACUUCGGAAGCGAGGGAGGAGCGCCGCCGCAAGAGACGCACAGGAUGGGAUGUGGGCGGCGGCGGGGAGGCAGCAAAUCCUGCUGACCCAGCAGCAGCAGCAGCAAUUGCUGCUGCUGCUGCUUCUCGCAUCAACUCAGGCGCCUUAUACCCCCCUGCUAUGGCUGGUGCUGGCAUGGCCAUUCCAGGCCGCUCCCCUCAGGCCCCACACCCGUCGCUGUGUCGAAUUUACGUGGGCUCUCUGGACUACUAUUUGACGGAGUUGGAAAUCAAAUCUGUCUUUCAGAACCAUCAAAGUGGGGAGGCCUACGGCUGUAGGUGCAGGUCAGCCGCAGCAGCUCCUAGCGCGCCCCCUUGGCGGCUACGAUAUGGGGAUGGGCGCAGGCGCAGCAGCAACACCAGCAAUGUCCCUCGUCAGCAGCGCACAAGCGGGAGCAGCAGCAGCAACUGCCAUUCUUGCUGGUCGAGCUGGACAGACACCUCAGGGCGACAUGGCAAGCCUGGCUGCUAUGGGGCAGCUGACCCCCGAGAAGCAAGUGGAGACGAGCCCCGGCAGCAACAGAAUUUAUGUUGGCAAUGUGCCCUUCGGCUUCUCUUCAGAGGACCUCAAGGUUUGCUGCUGCUGCUGCUGCUGUGUCUGCUGCUGCAUUUGCAUCUGCUGCUGCUGCUGUAUCUGCUGCUGCAUUUGCAUCUGCUGCUGCUGUAUCUGCUGCUGCAUUUGCAUCUGCUGCUGCUGCUGCUGUGUGUGCUGCUGCAUUUGCAUCUGCUGCUGCUGCUGCUGUAUCUGCAUUUGCAUCUACUGCUGCAUUUGCAUCUGCUGCUGCUGUAUCUGCUGCUGCAUUUGCAUCUGCUGCUGCUGCUGCAUUUGCAUCUGCUGCUGCAUUUCCAUCUGCUGCUGCUGUAUCUGCUGCUGCAUUUGCAUCUACUGCUGCUGUGUCUGCUGCUGCAUUUGCAUCUGCUGCUACUGCUGCAUUUGCAUCUGCUGCUGCUGCUGCAUUUGCCUAUGCUGCUGCUGCUGCUGCUGCUCGUCAGCAGGCGUCAGUGGUGUUUGUGUGGCGCGGGAGCGCAGGAGCAGCCCCGCAGCGGCGCAGCGCGCGCACUAGGGUUUAGGGUUUAG